AUGAGUCUAAAUUGCCUAACCUGUGGCCAAAUCCUUCAAAGGGAAAACUCUGGAAGGGAAUAUCUCCCAGAAAUUAAGGUUUCUAGUAGGAAAGUGACUUUGCAAGUUGAUAGAAGCUGGUCAGGGAACAUAUCCCCACCCGAAUGUGCACAUGGUGCUGUGGCAAAGAUUAAGACCGAACAUCGACGCACGAACAGUGAUGGAAAUGUUGGACCAAGAUUGGUAAGGAGCAGUGGAAUGAGAAGAGAUUGGAGUUUUGAGGAUUUGAAAGGAGAGCAAGACAAAGAAGUUAGAUGCUACUGA